AAUUCUCCUAAUUAAAUAUUUAUAUUUUGAAACGGAGAGUAUUAUAUAUUUUGCAUUAAAAGCUUAUGAUGUUUUCGAAGUAAUUAUCAUUGUAGCAUCUGCACAAUAACGAUGAAAUCGAACGGUCAUAAAUGAAAAACAACAGGCUUCCGGAUCAAGCAACGUGGCUCAACCUCGUCUCGACUCCUCUCAUAGUCACGGACACGUGUGGUCAAGCCAACUUAGUUCAUAUACUCUCUCUUCUCCCUACUACCAAAAACAAUGUAAUAACAAUUUCAAAAGACGGUGGUGAGAGAGUACAAGAAAAAAAAGCAAGAAGAUAAUUCUACGGAAAAAAUGUUUUCAGCUAUAGGAAGUUUAGUGAAACUCAUCUUCAAGAACUUGGACGUCAUCGCUGGACCUAUCAUUAGCUUGGUUUAUCCUCUAUACGCAUCAGUGAGAGCAAUAGAGUCUAGGACCGGUGGAGACGACAAACAAUGGCUCACUUAUUGGGCUCUUUAUUCACUUAUCAAACUCUUUGAGCUCACUUUCUACAAAGUCAUCGAAUGGAUACCGUUAUGGCAAUACGCGAAGCUAGCUUUAACCAGUUGGUUGGUGUUACCGGGCUUGAGCGGCGCUUCUUAUCUCUAUAAUAACUAUGUGCGAUCAUUCCUUUUAAGCCCACAUAGUGCUAACGUGUGGUACGUACCAGCUAAGAAGGAUGAUGAUGACUUGGCAGCAGCUGCUGGGAAAUUUACUCCGGGCGAGCCUACAGAAAAGCAUGUUAGCUCGGUAUGACUUCUAAACUAUGUCUAUAAUUUUGUUAUGACCUAAGUAUUGUUUGAUCUGAAAACUUGAUGUUUUGUUAAAUUGUUUCUAUUUUCACAGGUGGAUACAUCAGCCAAAUAUGUUGGUGGCUCGGCCUUUGAUGAUACAUAUGUCUACUAGUAAAGCUACUCGUGGCCUGUUGUAACCUUAAUAUGGUUACCCAUCUUCGCAUACCAUAUAGUCUGUAUUUUCCUUUUUAUCUUUGUUUUUUUUUUUUUAAUGUGGUAGAUGUGUAAGCAAGAAAAG